CCAUUCCCGGUUCCUCAGGGUAGUGUGGGACAUGAAGCCAGGCCAUUUCCUCUGGGCUUUACUGUUUAUGCACUCCUUGUGGCUUCUACCAACUGAUGGGGCCAUUCGAGACUACUACCUGGGCAUCCAGGAUGUGCAGUGGAACUAUGCUCCCAAAGGAAGGAAUGUCAUCACAGACCAGCCUCUGAGUAAUGACAUAGUGGCUUCCAGUUUCCUAAAGUCUGGCAAAAACAGGAUAGGGAGUAGUUACAAGAAGACUGUCUAUAAGGAAUACAGUGAUGGCACAUACACGGAUGAAGUAGCCAAGCCUGCCUGGUUGGGCUUCCUAGGACCACUGUUACAGGCUGAGGUGGGGGAUGUCAUCCUUAUCCACCUGAAGAAUUUUGCAAGUCGGCCUUAUACUAUUCACCCUCAUGGAGUUUUCUAUGAGAAGGACUCAGAAGGCUCACUGUACCCAGAUGGUUCUUCUGGGUACCUGAAAGCGGAUGAUUCUGUUCCCCCGGGAGGCAUCCAUGUCUACAACUGGACUAUUCCAGAAGGCCAUGCACCCACUGCUGCAGAUCCGGCAUGCCUCACCUGGAUUUACCAUUCUCAUGUGGAUGCUCCACGAGACAUUGCAACUGGUCUCAUUGGACCCCUUAUCACCUGUAAAAGAGGGACCCUGAAUGGUAACUCCCCACCUCAGAGGAAGGAUGUGGACCAUAAUUUCUUCCUCCUCUUCAGUGUGGUAGAUGAGAACCUUAGCUGGCACCUUGAUGACAACAUUGAUACUCACUGCUCAGACCCCACCUCAGUGGAUAAAGAAGAUGGAGCCUUUCAAGAGAGCAACAGGAUGCAUGCAAUCAACGGGUUUGUCUUUGGGAACUUACCAGAGCUGAGCAUGUGUGCACAGAAGCAUGUAGCCUGGCACUUGUUUGGCAUGGGCAAUGAAAUAGACGUCCACACAGCUUUCUUCCAUGGACAGAUGCUGACUACCCGUGGACACCGUACUGAUGUUGCUCACCUUUUUCCAGCCACCUUUGUGACUGCUGAGAUGGUGCCCCAGAAAUCUGGAACCUGGUUAAUUAGCUGUGGAGUGAACAGCCACUGGAAAAGUGGCAUGCAGGCCCUCUAUAAGGUCGACUCUUGCUCCAUGAACCCACCUGUGGACCAACUCACAGGCAAAGUUCGUCAAUACUUCAUUGAGGCCCAUGAGAUUCAAUGGGACUAUGGCCCAACGGGGCAUGAUGGCAGAACUGGGAAGAGUCUGAGGGAGCCGGGAAGUGGCCCAGAUAAGUACUUCCAGAAGAGCUCUAGCCGAAUUGGAGGUACUUACUGGAAAGUUCGAUAUGAAGCCUUCCAAGAUGAGACAUUCCAGGAAAGGGUACAUCAAGAGGAAGAAGCACAUCUUGGAAUACUGGGACCAGUGAUAAGGGCUGAAGUGGGUGACACCAUUCAGGUUGUCUUCUAUAACCGUGCCUCCCAGCCAUUCAGCAUGCAGCCCCAUGGCGUCUUUUAUGAGAAAGACUAUGAGGGUACCGUGUACAAUGAUGGUACAUCGCAUCCUGGCUUGGUAGCUAAGCCUUUUGAGAAAGUAACAUACAACUGGACAGUUCCUCCCCAUGCUGGGCCCACUGCUCAGGAUCCUGCCUGUCUAACCUGGAUGUACUUCUCUGCUGCAGAUCCUACAAGAGAUACAAAUUCUGGCCUGGUGGGCCCUUUGCUGGUUUGCAAGGCUGGUGCCUUGGGUGUAGAUGGCAAGCAGAAAGGAAUGGAUAAAGAAUUUUUUCUCCUCUUCACUGUGUUUGAUGAGAACAUGAGCUGGUACAGCAAUGCCAAUCAAGCAGCUGGUAUGUUGGAUUCCCGACUGCUCUCAGAGGAUGUCGAGGGCUUCCAGGACUCCAAUCAAAUGCAUGCUAUUAAUGGGUUUCUGUUCUCUAACCUGCCCACGCUGGACAUGUGCAAAGGUGAUAUGGUGGCCUGGCACCUGCUUGGCCUGGGCACAGAAACUGAUGUCCAUGGGGUCACGUUCGAGGGCAACACUGUAGAGCUUCAGGGCAUGAGGAAAGGUGCAGCCAUGCUCUUUCCUCACACCUUUGUGAUGGCAGUUAUGCAGCCUGACAAUCUUGGGACAUUUGAAAUCUAUUGCCAAGCAGGCAGACACAGAGAAGCAGGGAUGAGGGCAGUUUAUAAUGUCUCCCAGUGUUCUGGUCGUCAAGACAGCCCACGACAACACUACCAGGCUUCAAGAGUCUACUACAUCAUGGCCGAAGAGGUGGAGUGGGAUUAUUGCCCUGAUAGAAGCUGGGAACUGGAAUGGCACAACACAUCUGAGAAGGACAGUUAUGGUCAUGUUUUCCUGAGCAACAAGGAUGGGCUCCUGGGAUCCAGAUAUAAGAAAGCUGUAUUCAGGGAAUACACUGAUGGUACUUUCAGGAUUCCUCAGCCGAGGUCUGGACCGGAGGAGCACUUGGGAAUCCUGGGUCCACUUAUAUGAGGAGAGGUUGGUGAUAUCUUAACUGUGGUGUUCAAGAAUAAUGCCAGUCGACCUUAUUCCAUACAUGCCCAUGGAGUUCUAGAAUCUAGUACUGGCUGGCCACAGGCUGCUGAGCCUGGUGAAGUACUUACUUACCAGUGGAACAUCCCAGAAAGAGCUGGUCCUGGACCCAGUGACUCUGCUUGUGUUUCCUGGAUUUAUUAUUCUGCAGUGGAUCCCAUCAAGGAUAUGUAUAGUGGUCUGGUGGGACCCUUAGUCAUCUGUCGAAAGGGCAUCUUGGGACCCCAUGGAGGUCGGAAUGAUAUGGACCGGGAAUUUGCCUUGUUGUUUUUGAUCUUUGAUGAGAACCAAUCUUGGUAUCUGGAGGAGAAUGUUGCAAUUUAUGGGCCCCAAGAGACAAACCAUGUUAACCUGCAGGAUGAGACCUUCUUGGAGAGCAAUAAAAUGCAUGCCAUCAAUGGGAAACUCUACGCUAAUCUCAGGGGUCUUACUGUAUACCAAGGAGAACGGGUAGCCUGGUACAUGCUAGCCAUGGGCCAAGAUACUGACAUUCACACUGUGCACUUCCAUGCAGAGAGUUUUCUCUAUCAGAAUGGGCACAGUUACCGGGCAGAUGUUGUGGAUCUCUUCCCAGGGACAUUUGAGGUUGUAGAAAUGGUAGCCAGCAACCCUGGGACAUGGCUGAUGCACUGCCACGUGACUGACCAUGUUCAUGCUGGCAUGGAGACCAUCUUUACUGUCCUGACUCAUGAAGAACAUUUAAGUACUAUGACUACCAUCACCAAAGAGAUUGGAAAAGUGAUCCUAAGAGACAUUGGCGGAGACAAUGUGAAGAUGCUGGGCAUGACGAUCCCCAUAAAGGAUGCUGAAAUUCUGUCUUCUGUUUUGAUUGCCGUAUGUGUAAUUCUGCUUCUUGUUGCUCUGGCUCUUGGUGGUGUAGUCUGGUACCAGCAUCGACAAAGAAAGCUUCGGCGCAACAGGAGGUCCAUUCUUGAUGAUAGCUUCAAGCUUCUGUCUCUGAAGCAGUAA